CGCCAUUUCACGUGAAAGUAGCGCGUUAGAAACGACGUCCAGGGCCUUACAAAUCUACAAAUCUGCUCGAGUUUGUAUUAAAUACACCAAGUGGACAUUUAUAAGCUAACAGUAGCUGUUUUGCUAAACGGUAGGGACUAACGGCUUUCGGUUUAACUGGUCUAGUCUGUUGGUUGGAGACGAAGACAUGAGCUACGGAAGGCCGCCGCCAGACGUUGAGGGGAUGACCUCCCUGAAAGUGGACAACCUCACUUACCGAACAUCGCCGGAGACUCUGCGUCGAGUUUUUGAGAAGUAUGGCCGCGUAGGAGACGUGUAUAUCCCCCGGGACAGGUACACCAAGGAGAGCCGCGGGUUCGCCUUCGUGCGGUUCCUCGACAAGCGAGACGCCGAGGACGCCAUGGACGCUAUGGACGGCGCGCUGCUCGACGGACGGGAGCUCCGGGUGCAGAUGGCACGCUACGGACGGCCUCCGGACUCAAUGUACAGCCGGAGAGGGGCUCCGCCACGCAGAUAUGGAGGGUACGGACGCAGAAGCAGGAGCCGUUCAGCCAGUCCUCGUCGUCGCAGACGUAGCCGCAGCCGCUCCAGGAGCAGAAGCCGUUCCCGAUCCAGGAGUCGCCACCACUAUAGCCGCUCCAGGUCCCGCUCCUACUCCAGAUCCAGGUCAAGGUCCAAGUCUAAAUCCAAGUCCAAGUCCAGAACCCCCAGGCGGAGCAAGUCAAAGUCUCCCUCCAGGUCUCGGUCACGUUCCAGGUCCAAGUCAAGGAGUCGAACCCCACCUUCCAACAGAGGGUCCAAAUCCAGGUCCAGGUCCAAAUCCAAGAGUAGGCCUAAAUCUCCAGAGGACAACGGAGCAGAGUGUUAACCCAAACUUGGACACAAUAUGACGCUGCGGAGUCCUGUUUGCAAAGAGAGGAGGAGGAGGAGGAGGAGAUGGGGGUGUGGCAAUGUGAGAGCAGUUAGUGUGUGACCCGCCCAUGUGACCUGCCUGUUGCUGAGAGCGAUGGCAAUUGCUAAGGAGCAGGUCGUCAUGUCGGUGGUUCGGGCUGUCAGUUGGUGUAUGAUGUGGUGUGGUGAGGUACGUUCACAGGGAUCACAGGCAGAUGCACUGAGCACUGUUCCCACCUGUGCCUGUGGGUUCCUCCGCCUCUCACAAAGGGAACGCACCCCGAGGUUUGUUUUUCAAAUAUGCCCGAGUCUUGUUGGAGCUAGUUUUUGGGAAGAGGGGGGCCAAGAAAGGUGUGUAAACAAAUGUGAAAAUGACUAGAAAAUGUUAGGUGUAAUAAAGAACAAUGGAUGCCCCCCAAAGAAAAGCAGUUUUAUAAAUGUUAGUCAGGGGAAAGAAGAUCAGACCAUUUUUGCAUUUAAAUAUCCAGAUCAGCUGCAGGAGUUAAAAUAGCCUUUUGGUUUUACUCUUGUCAAACUCUGUUCUGUCUUUCCUUCCAGAUCUCAGAUGAUCGAGCCUUUUGCUGAGGACAUCAGGAAGAGUCUCACAAUGAGCAAGUGGACUCCCCUAUUACCACUGAAUGCAGACUGAAAGGUUAUUGGAGCUUGGUCUAAAAUGUUUUAAAUGUUUCAUUUGACUUAAUUUACCUGCACAAAUUCUGUAACUUCGAUGUGGUCAUUGUUGUGAAGUUGGUCGUGUUGAAAGGGAUUUGUAAGGCUUCCGUUUUUGUUUUUUGUUUUUUUUUCCUCAUUUAAAUUGGAUAUUUUGCAUAUUUGAUUAAAUUUGUACUUUAAUAAAUUCUUUUUUUGAAUUAACAGAAUUUCUUUUAAUAAAAUCCCUUGUUUAAUACUCUUUCUAGAUGGAUAUGAAAGUUUUAUUUGCAGAGUUGAUGUAGAAAAGGGUUUCAUGUUGGAUGUUCAAAGCCUUUACAGCUAUGUUAAACCACUGUCAUUGGAAAAAUGGCUUAUUGUACAGUGACAUAAAAAGCAAAACAUCAAAGUGUCGCAGUGCCACUUAAUUUGUGACUUGCUAAUCCGGCAGCAGAGCAUUUUCUUUUCUGUCAAAUCUUUUUUUCUGUCUAGUUAAAGUUGCUUUCCUAUGACUCUAACCCUCUUUCUUGUGUAUCUUUUGUGCACUAGGCGCAGUUGUGUAGCAGUUGAGUAAUGCUGGUUAGCUGUUAAGAUGCGGUGCAGUGCGGUGGUGACAUGGUGUGGCGUGUUGCGGUGCUGAGUGCCCGGCGCUGUUCCGGGGCUCGACCCUCCGCUGCCGUUUGCCGGUUUGUAAGCUCACAUGUGUGGCAGAUCAACCAUCCUCUCCUGUCUUGUGACCUCUCCUUCCCCCUCCCAUGUGCUGUACAGAUUAUCUCCUUCCUUUUUAUCUUUAUUCUCCCUCCUCUCUCUUUCCCCCUCUGUGGUUUAUCCACUGUUGAUAACUGGUUUUGCUCGCUUUUUGAAAUUGGGUCCAGUGUGACUUAGCGAAGGGUUUAAAGGGCAGUCCAGGCUGCUUAAUGAAUACUUUUUGUGUAUUGCAUUCCUCUGUGAACCUCUCAAUUGUCUUGUAAUUGCUUCAGGUGAAUGCAAAUAAACAUUUUUGGCGUAAAGAA